GAACCAUAAACAAUUAUUGCUAUUUUAGUAACACGCUACGUAUCAGAAAAAUAGUGUCGAAGAAAACACAAUCGUAUUUUAUCACAGAGAGCACCAGUAUAAAAAUGACCUCUGCAUUAAUCGACGUUAAAAUUUUAUAUGAUAAAGACAAAUGUUUAAAAAAAGAAGAUGUUGACAAUUUGUUAGAAUGGGCUAGUAAACAACAACAUCUUCCUAAAAUAAAUGAAUUGCAAGCAAUUCUUUUCCUUCACAGCUGCUACUACCGACAAGAAUUUACCAAAACUACAGUUGACACUUUUUUUACUUUUAAAACACUAUGCCCUGAUAUGUUCACAAACAGGGAUGCUUCAUCAAAUUCGAUGCAAAUAAUUAUGGGACUUAGCUUCGUUACUGUAUUAUCAAAAAAGACGCCAGAAGGCUACAGCAUUAUCUUUAUAAAAUUUGUAAACAGCAACUCCGAUAACUUUAAUCUUUUGGAUCAACUCCGAUACGUCAACAUGGUUUGCAUGUUACAUUUGUACCAGGAAGGACCGUCAAAUGGUUAUCUAAUUUUAGUUGAUUUAAAGGAAAUGACUUUUGGUCACGUUUUGAAACUAAGACCGCUCUUAGCGAAACAUUUCUUUUAUUAUUUACAAGAGGCAAUGCCUGUUAGAUUAAAGGGAAUACAUUUUUUCAAUCCCGUACCAUUCAUGGACAAAAUUUUGGCUCUAAUAAAGCCAUUUUUGAAAAAAGAAAUAUUGGAUGCUUUACAUGUUCACGAGACAUUUAAUGAUUUAACAAAGUUUGCACCACAAGAAUGUCUGCCUGUAGAUUAUGGUGGAUCAGAAGAAACUAUAGCACAUCUGCAUGAAAAAAUAAGAAACAGAUUAACUGAAAAUAUUGCUGUUUUUGACUGGGAAGAGACAUUAACGGUUAACGAAAGCAAAAGGAUGAAAGAAUCAAAAAUAAACGAUUUCUUUGGAAUUGAUGGCAGUUUUAAAAAAUUAGAAAUUGAUUAAUAAUUAAUAACAAUUAAAAAGAUUUUUCUUGGUUUCUACGGUUCUCAUUGUUUAUUAAAGAUGAUGUCACCACUUUUUACUAGAAGUUUUUCAUAUUAAAAAAUAAACAAUUACUUAGGUAAAUAACAAAAAUUGCAUCAUGUUAUGAACACAGAAGAUGUCAUCAAUUCUCCGGAAGGUAAACGUAUUUUAUUUCCUAGAAGUAUUUUAUAAUCUCUAAUGUAAUCUAUAGGUCUGUUAACAAUAUGUGUAAGAAUUUCAUUGUGUAGUUUUCAAAAUAAAUAAACUAACAAGUUUGUUAUCAAAA